AUUGUCCUUCCUUCCUCUCGGAGCAAGACAGCGGGCAGUGAGGCUGGAGUGACUCUGGGGCAGCCGCAUCUUUCUCAUCAGGAUCUCGCCACCUUGGAUGUUACCAAGUUGAUGCCACUUUCACGUGAAGUUAUCAGCAGACAAGCCACAAUUAAUAUAGGUACAAUUGGUCAUGUAGCUCAUGGAAAAUCCACAGUUGUAAAAGCUAUUUCUGGAGUUCACACUGUCAGGUUCAAAAAUGAACUAGAAAGAAAUAUUACAAUCAAGCUUGGAUAUGCUAAUGCUAAGAUUUAUAAACUUGAUGACCCAAGUUGUCCCCGGCUGGAAUGUUAUAGAUCCUGUGGAAGUAGUACACCAGAUGAGUUUCCUACGGACAUUCCAGGGACCAAAGGGAAUUUCAAAUUAGUCAGACAUGUUUCCUUUGUUGACUGUCCUGGCCAUGAUAUUUUGAUGGCUACUAUGCUAAAUGGUGCAGCAGUGAUGGAUGCAGCUCUUCUGUUGAUAGCUGGUAAUGAGUCUCGUCCUCAGCCUCAGACUUCUGAACACCUGGCUGCUAUAGAAAUCAUGAAACUGAAGCAUAUUUUGAUUCUACAAAAUAAAAUUGAUCUGGUAAAAGGUCAGGCUAAAGAACAGUAUGAACAGAUCCUUGCAUUUGUACAAGGUACAGUAGCAGAAGGAGCUAUUAUUCUAAUUUCUGUUCAGCUGAAAUACAAUAUUGAAGUUGUUUGUGAGUACAUAGUGAAGAAAAUUCCAGUACCCCCAAGAGACUUUACUUCAGAACCCCGACUUAUUGUUAUUAGGUCCUUUGAUGUCAACAAACCUGGCUGUGAAGUUGAUGACCUUAAGGGUGGUGUAGCUUGUGGUAGUAUUCUAAAAGGAGUAUUAAAGGUGGGCCAGGAGAUAGAAGUCAGACCUGGUAUUGUUUCCAAAGAUAGUGAAGGAAAAUUCAUGUGUAAACCAGUCUUUUCCAAAAUGGUGUCACUUUUUGCAGAACAUAAUGAUCUUCAAUAUGCUGCUCCAGGAGGUCUUAUCGGAGUGGGAACAAAAAUUGACCCCGCUUUGUGCUGGGCUGACAGAAUGGUGGGACAGGUACUUGGUGCGGUUGGAGCUUUACCGGAGAUCUUCACAGAAUUGGAAAUCUCCGAUUUCCUACUUAGACGGCUGCUAGGUGUACGCACUGAAGGGGACAAGAAAGCAGCAAAGGUGCAAAAGCUCUCAAAGAAUGAAGUGCUUAUGGUGAACACAGAAUCCCUGUCAAAAGGAGGAAGAGUUAGUGCAGUCAAGGCCGAUUUGGGCAAAAUCGUUUUGACUAAUCCUGUGUGCACAGAAGUAGGAGAAAAAAUUGCCCUUAGCCAAAGAGUUGAGAAACAUUGGCGUUUAAUUGGUUGGGGUCAAAUAAGAAGAGGAGUGAUAAUCAAGCCAACAGUAGAUGAUGACUGA